AUGGGAACGAAUUUUCGUCCCAUCAAGCAUCUAUCAAGCUUAGGAUUCAAGAAAAGCACUUCAGAAGCUACUCUGUAUAUAAAGCACGAAGAUGAUGAUCUGCUUAUAAUCUCUCUUUAUGUUGAUGAUCUCUUAAUUACAGGUGGUAAUGCCAAGCUUGUUGAAAAGUUCAAAAGAGAAAUGAUACAGAUUUUUGAAAUGAUAGACCUUGGACUAAUGACAUACUUUUUGGGAAUGCAGAUUAAGCAGUUAGAAGAUGAAGUUCUCAUAUGUCAAAAGAAGUAUGCCAAGGAAAUUCUCAAGAAAUUUCACUUGGAGGAUUGCAAGGAAGUGACCAAUCCAAUGAAUCAAAAGGAGAGCUUGAGCAAAAAUGAUGGAGCUGACAGAGUUGAAGAAGGCUACUUUCAAAGUCUGAUUGGUUGUCUAAUGUACCUCACAGUAUCAAGACCAGAAAUUUUAUUUUCUGUAAGUCUUUUAUCUCUUUUUAUGCAUUGUACUACUGAAAUGCAUUUAAAAGCAGCAAAAAGAGUAGUGAGAUACAUCAAAGGAACAAUUGAUUUCGGUGUGGAAUUUAAGAAAAGUCAAGACUUUAAGCUAUUGGGAUUUUCUAAUAGUGAUUGGGGAGGUUCUGUGGAUCAUAUGAAAAGUACCUCUGGUUAUUGUUUCAGUCUUGGCUCAGGAAGUUUCUCACGGUGCUCUAAAAAGCAAGAUAUUGUAGCACAGUCCACAACAUAA